AUGAUUAUACUAUUCUAUUUUUUCUUGUUAACUGUUCAAUAAAGGGAUGUUGAAUUCGAUAAAAAUUAUUUUUGGACCUCAAUUGACAAGGUUUAAGACUAGAAUAUAUAUCGAAUCAAAAAUUUAAAGCAGCCUUAUUAUUAUGUUUAGGUUACUUUGUUUCAAAAUGAUUUGUCUUUUAUCCUUAUGUAUGAUUUAAAUUAGAUUGCAUAACUAAAUUCAUCGAAAGGUGACUACGUAAGGUAUUAUUUUUAUUAAUGAAUACGUUAUUAUGAAGGUAGAAGAACCAGAUUUCUGAAAAUAGAACCUAAUGGAAAUAUAAUUUACAUUAGUGCAUAAUCCAAUAUUACUAGUGGAUAUUAUAAUAUAACCAUUUGGGGUAGCAAAGAGGAGUACUGUGAUAAUAGUUGUUCAUAUAAUGGAAAAUGCACAGUAUAUGUGAGUACUAUAAAAGGAUGAUGGAUGUGAAUGCAAAUCUGGUUUAAUAGGUACUGAUUGUCAUUAAAUGGCUUUGGAAAUUUAGGAUGAAUAAACAUAACUUAAUCUAUUUGGAGAUGAGAUUUAAUUUUUUUAUUUGAAUAUAGAUGAUUACAAAGAAAUGGAUAUUCAAUUAAGAUUUAGCGUAAAAAAUAAGUUGAAAAUUAGACUGACAGUCAUUAAGGAAUUGAAAUUAUUAUUCAAUUAACUGAAGCAAUAAUCUUACCAAGUUAAACCCAAUUAGAUAAUGAAAGUAAUUUUUUCAAAAUAUUCAAAAUAUAUGAUUCUUAGCCAUUAGAUUUAAUAGUAACAGGCUCUAUUACUUAAUAUGAUAAUAUUUAAAUAGUUUUAGCAGCAAGAUAAAUAAAUGGUCUUUUAAAUACAUUUGUAAGUUCUCUAAUAAUAAAUCUUUCAACAUACAAUAAAUAUGAAAAUACAGUUUCUAUUAUUGUCAUAAUUAUAAUAGUAAUUUCUAUAUCAGCAGCAGUGAUUUUUAUUAUUGUUAUGUUUUUUGUAUGUAAAAAUAUUAGAAAGAGAAAAUAACUAAGAUAAUAAGAAAGAUAAGCUAGAUUAAGAGAUUAAUCUGAUAAUCCUCAUUAAGAUUAAUUAAAUCUUUUCGAUUUUCUAACUCCUGUUUUAAUUAAUUAAAUAAAUAAUUAAGAUAAUUGUAUUAUUUGUUUAUGCAAUUUAAAUGAUAAUUAAGAGGUUAGACAAACAUGUUGCCAGUAUUAAAAUAAUUUAUAAAUAUAGUCAUAAUUUCCAUUCAGAAUGCAUAAAAGAAUGGCUUUCAAAAAAUAAAAAAGAAUGUCCUGUAUGCAGAACUAAUAUAGCUCCUAAAGAUGUUCCAACUAAUCCAAUUGUUAAUUAAUGA